AUGUCCUCUCAACACUUUCUGCCACUCUCCUCGCCGCCCGAGUCACCACGACUGCUACCCCGACGACCCAGUCUGGAUCCUGAGCGCGAGAUCCUCUCGACUCGUGGCCAGCGCAUUCUGUCCUUGUUGCCCAGUCGGCUGUCUAGCUCGGCCUUGCAAGACCUCGAACAGCAUGCAUCCGAGCCACCAACUUUCCUUCGGCGGGGGUCUCAACUAAUUGGGCAUAGUAAUGCCCGAUAUGAAUGGCAACGUUAUUAUCGACCACCAGAUUCCUUAAAGGGUCUUCGCAAGCCAAUCCGACAGUAUUAUGAACGGAACAACGAGUUAAUUUCCCAGUAUCUCUACAUCGAUCGCCUGCUCGACUCGUCCCUUCCACAUAAUCUGAUCGAAGACUAUUCGGAUUGCCACCAUCACUUAGAUGCCCAUGCAAGCAAUGGCCACCAUCCAUCCACCGAUGCUGAUGAUACGGCCAAAAUUACUGCCCAGGCGAAUUCCCGAGCCACCAGGAUUAAACGCACGCCUCACAAUCUCUAUCACAUACCAGACGAGGCAGCACCAUUGCUAUCACCCACAGCCGAGGUAGAAGAAGAGCAUUGUUCCCAUCAUAACAUCCCCGACCCGGACUCCCAUCAAGGCGUUUCCCCGGAAGCAGAAGAGCGUCUGGUCAACAUUGCCAUCCGCAUCAACUUUGUCGCAAAUGUCAUCCUGCUCAUCUCCAAGGUGGCCAUCAUGGUCCUGACCAGCUCCAUGUCCGUGCUAGCAGGCCUCGUAGAUGGCGUCCUUGAUUUCCUCAGCACGGUCAUCAUCUGGGUGACCACCAGUUUGAUCCGCCGACAAGACCGUCGACGGUUCCCAAUCAGUCGUCGUCGUCUGGAGCCCUUGAGUGUGCUAGUCUUCUCCGUUAUUAUGGUCACGUCCUUCUUCCAAGUUGGACUGUCGUCCAUUAACAAGCUGAUGGGUGACGAUCACACGCUGGUCGAAUUGUCCAUUCCCUCCAUUGCGCUGAUGGCGGGAACAGUGGUCAUCAAAUUACUGUGUUGGAUCUGGUGUCGUCUCAUUCCGAGUCCUAGUGUCCAGGUCCUUGCCCAAGAUGCCAUGACUGAUGUUGUUUUCAACACCUUUAGCAUCAUCUUUCCAUUGAUUGGUUCUUUCGCUCGUCUCUGGUACCUCGAUCCCCUGGGUGGUCUCCUCCUCUCGAUCUACAUCAUGUGGAACUGGGGCCAGACAGCAGGCGAGUAUAUCCGACGACUCACGGGUGCAGCCGCCUCUGCUACAGACCACAGUAUUCUGUUGUACAUGACGAUGCGCUUCUCUCGAGUGAUCCAGAAAAUCCAGGAUCUUAAGGCGUACUAUGCGGGCGAUAAGUUGAAUGUCGAGGUCGACUUGGUCGUGGACGAGCGAACCAGUCUACGCGACAGUCAUGAUGUUGGUGAGAGUCUGCAGUACAUUCUGGAAAGUGUGCCGACCGUGGAUCGGGCUUUUGUACAUUUGGACUACGAUCCAUGGAACCUGCCCAGCCAUAUGAAUCAAUUGGAUCGUUAA